AUCGCUGCCCUCAGGAGAGUCUUGGUUCUGAACUCUGAAGUGAAGCCUGAACUCUUCAAGAGAACCUCACUCUCUUAAACCCCUAAUUGUCUAACCUAACCACACCAUGGCUCUCCUCUGUGUGAUUCCAUCAAAACUCACUCUCUCCCUCCUCCCAAUUCUCUUCUUACUCCACUUGUUCAUCUCCUCCUCCGCUGCAUCUACCUCCGGCGGCGACUCCCUGAGUGCUUACCAAGUUCUUCAACAAUACAACUUCCCCGUUGGCCUUCUUCCCAAAGGUGUUUUAGGCUACGAACUAGACCGCUCCACCGGCAGAUUCAAGGCCUUCUUAAACGGUUCUUGCGGUUUCAAGAUCGAAUCUUACGACCUGAAGUACUCGGCCACCAUCACCGGCACCAUCUCCCAAGGCAGGCUCUCCAACCUGCAAGGUGUUAAGGUGAAGAUCCUUAUUCUGUGGGUUAACAUUGUCUCCGUCACUCGCACCGACGACGAGCUCGAAUUCUCCGUCGGCAUAGCUUCUGCGGAUUUCGCCGUCAAUAACUUCUAUGAGAGUCCAUCUUGCGGCUGCGGCUUCGAUUGUCUGUCUAUGGCUUCCAAUCAGACUCAUUCUCAUCAAAGCUUUUAGGUUUUCUUCUUAAUCCACUGCGUCCUCUUAUUUCAGAAAUGUGGUGUUUGCUAAAAUAAGAUCCAAUAGUUUGAACUUGUGAUAUGUGCGAGGACAGUGCGUGGAAGUGGGUAUUUCUGGUUUAGAAUAGGGACAACCGGAAUCAACUCGUCUUUAGGCGGUUAGGCUGAGGAAUAAGAUUGAUGGACUCUACAGUUCUUAGAUCUACUUACUCUGAUGUUUAAUAACAGUAAUAAUUAGUUUAAUACUUACCGUAUUUAGUUAA